AUGUCUCUUAGGUUCAAACCUCCCGAAUUACAUUAUUUCAAUUGGUUUUACAAUGUUUCACCCUGUUUUCCUAUUAAUAGUACUAAAAUCAAUAUCAUAACAGAUCCCAGAAAAUUUUAUGAUACUUUGUGUGAAAGAUUUAAAAAUGCCAGUCGUCGUUUAUCUGUAGCUAGUUUGUAUAUUGGUACAGGAAAUUUAGAGAAAAAUCUCCUGAAUGUGACGAAGCAUAAUCUUAUAGUGAAUAAAAGCUUAAAAUUUGAUGUCUUGUUGGAUUAUCAACGCGGUACACGUGGUGAAAUAAAUUCUCGUAAUCUUGUGCAAGAAUUGGCGAAUGUUGCUCCUGACCAAUGUAAGCUGGCUUUGUAUCAAACCCCACGUUUACAAGGCUUCUUGUCGAAAAUUCUGCCCGCCCGUUAUAAUGAACUUGUAGGCCUUCAACAUAUGAAGCUGUAUAUUGCAGAUAAUUCAGUAUUAUUGAGUGGAGCCAAUUGCUCUAAUGACUAUUUUCAGAAUCGACAAGACAGAUACAUUGAAAUAGAAGAUAUUGAUCUUGCUAACUUUUACUGUGAACUUAUAGAUGAAAUUACAAAGGUCAGCAAACAAGAUGGUUCAGAUGCUAAUCAAAUAUAUUCUAAGGAAAAAUUUAUUAAAGAAACAAACGGAAGAAUUGUAAGUCUAAUUGAGAAGUGGAAGCAAAAUCAAAUUCUAAAAUUGUCAUCAACAGAAGAUCCUAGUGAUACAUGGGUGUUUCCAUUGAUACAAAUGGGUGAAUUUAAUAUAACCCAAGAUGAACAAGCAACUUGCAAUUUUCUAGAAUCAGCACCUAAGGGUUCUUAUAUCCGAUUAGCUACUGGUUAUUUUAAUUUAACAGAAAACUAUGCAAAAACCCUUCUAAAACAUUGCAAAGCUAAUAUAAGCUUGUUAAUGGCUCAUCCUAAUGCUAAUGGAUUUAUGGGAGCUGCUGGUCCGGCUGGGGGAAUACCACACGCGUACUCUUUAAUAGCAAUAAAGUUUUGGAAAAAAGUUGUUGAAACCAACCAAGCAAGUCGAAUACUAAUGUUGGAAUAUGAGCGACCAAACUGGACAUUCCAUGCCAAAGGAUUAUGGUAUUAUCCACCUGGCAGUAACAGGCCAUGGGCAACGGUUAUUGGUUCAGCUAAUCUAGGAGAAAGAUCUGUACGUCGGGAUCUUGAGGCUCAGGCUGCAAUUUUUACCACAUCAUCAGAAUUACAGGAAAGACUGCACAAAGAAUGUCACGAACUGCACAAAUAUGCAUCGGAAUGCAGUGAGGCACUGCAGGAACGUCAGAUUCCUUUAUGGGUACAAGCUACAGUAGGCUUGUUCAGAACCUAUUUCUAA